AUGACUAUGGAUGGGGAGGGAGCCUUGGAGGAGCAGAAUGCUGCUGAGGAGACCUCUGAGGAGGCGUUGGAUGGAGGGUGUAUGGGAGCUGCAGGCAUGAAGCAUCUGCUAUUUCAUUGCCUCUCACCCCCUGUUCCCCCACAAAAAUAUCUGGGACCAAUUUUUUUUUUUUUAACUUUGCAUAUUUGUUUUUGGGUAAGUGCCCCUCUCCUUUUUUCUGUCCUGAGAGCAUGGACAAAACUCUUCGUUUGCGGGGAGGAGAAAAACUGUUUGAACCACACCAAUGAUGAUUUCGUUUGUAAUACUUGA